UCACUCUUGGUCCAGAUACACGAAAAUCAAUAAUACCGGCUUUGUUAUCAUCGGUGAAUGGCUCUCUUGGAAACUCAACUUUUCCACUCGUCGAAUCAAGAUCUUCUACUAUAAAAGAAAAGAAAACAACGAAGGAUACUCUUCACGAUUCCACCUCGAAAUUACUCUCUUCGAUAAAGGCGAAUUCUACAGGACCGUUUUAUCAAACUUCCCUUAACUCGAAUAUGAAGGAACAACAACAUCGGAACUGCGACGAAUCAUCGAAAAGUUCUGUUAAACGAUCACUUUUAAAAGAUCGCAAGAAUAAUGACAAAUCUUUUCUAUUUUAUUCUCGUCAGAAACAGUCUCGACAUUUUCCUCAAUUGCUAUUGAAAACUCGUGUAUCCAAUGAUAUCAAUUCUAAACUUUUAUCAAAGAAGAAAGAACUUUUUUUGGAAAGAGACAAAAGGAAUAAGAGAAAGGCCAAUACUAAAAAUUCGAACGAUUCGAGGUCUUCUAGAGAAGUAAUAAAACCAAAAACAUUGAUAGGACGUCUAUCAAAUGUGAAAAGAGAAAUAAAAGAGAAAAAUAGUCAUGUCAAGUCCACCGAUAAAGCUAACUUUGAAAUGUUGUUGAAAACUCAUGAACCUAAAGAUACUAAAUGCGUAUCAAAGAAGAAAAGGCUUGACGUUAGAAAUUCGAAAGAUUCGAGAUUUCCAGGAAAAGUAAUAGAACGAGAGUUAUCGAUAGGAGGAGAUUUGUCAAAUGUGAAAAGAGAAAUAGAAAUAGGAAAGAGCCAUGUCAAGUCUACUGACAAAGCUCGUUUUCCAGAUCUCCAUAAACGAAAGAUAGAGAAACGUAAGAAGAAGAUGGAUGUUGAAGAAGAGAUAAAGAAACUUACCGAUAUACGAAGAAAGAAAAAAAAAAAGAAGAAGAAGAAAGAGAAAACUAAGAGUCCAGAGAAUACGUUGGACAUACCUGAGGCCAAAAGUAAAUGGAAAUUGACUAAAAGGAAUUUGUUGAGUAUUCAAGAUAAUAAGGAAAUGGGCGAAUCAAAGGUGUCGAAAAUGAGAAGGGAAGAAAUGAAGAAGGAAUCGGAAUCGACUUUGAUAGGAACAGAUGCUAAACAAGUCCGUGGUGGACAGGAUUGUUCGAAUCGCGAUCAAUCCUUGGACGUUGACGAAUCGAAAUACUCUGCAUCUGCCCACUGCCUUCGCUUCAGUGAUUUGUGGUAUUCUGUUUAUCGCUUGGAAGAACCGAUACUAAACCAUGCAGUGUCUCUUCAAUUAUAUGAAAGACGAAGCUUACCUGAUGGUACUACUCGUUGGGAAGAUCUAACUCCUUCGAUGAUUAGAUUGGAUACCUUUUCAAGACAUUACAUAAGCAACGACGAUACCCUAGCUUUUACUUAUCGUGCUAAAAGAGAAGUAUCAAAAGAAUUCCCUGUUACUUUGGAUAUUAAAAAGGAUCGAUUGCUAAUACCGUCUUCUAUUUCUACGAUAAAAGAUUUCAAAAUCAAUCAAUCUAAAGAUGUAUUUGAAGAAUAUUUGAUUGUCAGAGCUAGCGAAAUCAGCAAAGAUGGAAACGAAUGCGACAAAAUAGGCGUGGGAUUUAAAGCGUUUGUUGAGCAACCGAAUCGUUGCAAACGUUUAAAAGGAACCUGUUUGAAAAAUCAACCUUUAUCCUAUUGGAAACAUGACAGGGAAGCACGGGAAGCUGGGCGAGCUGGUUGCUACUUCUUGAGCAAUUUCGCGUCUGUGCCGAGCGAGGCCAUCAAGUACAACGUGAGCGGAAGCGGAAGUGGCGAGUUUCUUGCUUUGGAGUACCAUUCCCCGCACGUGUCUGCGAUCGACAUUGAAGUCAGAAACGACUACAAUAGCGUCCCCAGUGCAGGACCAUUUGGACGUAUAACUCAAAUAUACGUGGACAGUAUAUCUUUAAUACAUACAAUCGUAAUGAUAGUGAUACGUAACGUAGGAUCAACACCGUCAGUUUAUCGCACCAGAAUUGUUAACUGUCCACAAGGACUUCCGGUUUCUUGGUCGAACGUAAAAAGCCUCGUACAGAUUAUUUUACCACGACAAAAUAGAAGAGUAGUCUUUGAUCUUUACGGCAAACUUCCUUUCAAUGAAUUCCAAUGUACCGUGGAGCUGUUAAACCGUGUUGGAAAAACGGUGGCUAGGAGAAGAAUGAAAGUACGAAAAAUGGAUCGUUGCCUCUGUGUUUGGCACUGUCUUUGCGCUUGCGUUACUAUAGCCGAUGGCUGUCGGCCGAUGUCAACGACGCAUUAUCGCGCAGCAGGAUUUCAACCUCCUGUACCUAAUGCCCCAAUGAGAUCUUCCUUUGAUGGAAGUUUCUUCGAUGUUAUACUUUUGCUUCUCUCAAUAGUGACACUGUUAAUUUUCAUGGGUAUAUCAAAAUGGAUCAUAGGAAUCUAUAUGCCUGAGGUUAGUCGUUGGGGAUUGGAUACUUUAAUUGAAACUACUAAAAUGAACGAGUAUUUUGAAGAGGAAUUAAAAUGCAGAUGUAUCGUCUUCGAUGAAUCUGGUUUUCCAAUUCAUCCAGAUUCAGGCAGUAGAUCGAUUAGGAUUUGUAGCAGGAAAACAGAAUUCUUACUAAAUGCUAUAUUCUUUUUAAUUUAUCCAAUCGCAGUUUGUUGGUAUCAAUCAAAAAAAAUACUUAAGAAAAGACUACGAAGAUAUUCCUUGGAUGAGUCGAGAGCAUGCCUGUCAAGCGAUAAAGACGAGUACGAGAAUCUCGUUACCGUAAGCACGUAUGGGGACAGCAGGAAUUCUAAAAUGGAAGCAGACGAUACGAAUUAUGUCAUGAACGAGCUAAAGAAGUCUCAAGAAUCCUUGCAAGAAUAUAAUAGAUAUAAAAGAUAUCGUUGCUACAUGGAAGGAAAGGAUAGAAAUAGAAAUGAUUGAAAUCCAGUGAUCUAACAAUGAAUCAUUAUCGUGAUCAGUAUAGUGAUUGUGAAUACAACUAAAAUAAAUUACUUUUAACGAUGAUUAAUAGACGAUAGAAGAAGAAAGAAUUUUUGAUCGAUGAAGAUCUCUUUUUUAUAUAUAUAACCCUUUCACUCCGUUUACUGCCCUAUCCUAUACUUGCUCACCUGGCGUUACAUCUCAUCUUGGAAGAUUUCAUCUUUAUUAAAGAAGUGUACACAGACUAUAGACAAGGCAUAAAACACUUACAAAGUUUAACAUCAAAACUUUGCUUCGAUACUCGUUAGAAAAAGUUGCAUACCUCUCUAAGGAAAGUAGCGUUUCCUUCUGAAUUUUCGAACCGAGCUCAGAGAACUGCAAAGUUUUCUGCCUCUCUUGAUAACGAACGAAGAAAAUGCACGACCAAAUAUUCUCGUAACUAGAGUUUAAACCGAAUUUUGCUUGUUCGGAUAGACGUUAAUACAUUCGCUAUUUACUUUCGGAUAAUAGUUACAUGCUUAACAAAUUUAUUUAUUGUUAUUGUCUAUGA